UUCUCCAUAACGCGCUGGCAUUAGCUGAUGGAGCUUUGUGUCUGAGAACUCUGCAAUAAGAUCCCUCACUCUGUACAUAUCAAACCUUAGCGAUCUGGUAUUGGUUCUUCACUGGCGAUGAAAUGACCAGCGACCCUCUUCGCCCGGGUCUCCAUCCGCUGUCGCAACUCAAGUCUGGCCCGACAACCUCCAGCUCCAAGUCGACAGCCUUGUCAGCUUCCUCGUAUUUAUCGCAGCCACCAUCACCCAGACCUAUGCGCCCUCAACCAUCUAAGGUAUCCAGCCGUGAUGAGACGCUUAGUUCCACAAGCGAAAAGGCAACUAUUGCUCUGAUCCGACGCGUUCUGUGUCCGCAGCCGGGUAACCAUGGCGGUGCUUCCACGCCCCCACCUCUAGAGGACUUGCUGCCCCCUUUGACAAGCUCAAACGAACUCGAUCUUCAACUCUACGCCUUAAUUGCCAUAGUGGUCAAGGAGUUUGUUCUUUCUUGGUACUCAAAAAUCACGGCGGAUCAGGUCUUCAUCAACGAGCUCAUACAGGUUAUCGCGCACUGCACCCGGGCGCUCGAGCAGAGGGUGCGCCAAACGGACAUCGCACAGCUAGCACUCGAUGAUGUUCCAGCACUGGUAGAGACGCAUAUCAGUUCGUACAGGCUAGCCAAACAGCAGUCGGAGCUGUGCGAACUAUCGCCAACACUUCGCGAGAUAUAUCAUUCCUUGAAUCCUCAUCCAGGUCUUUCACCAGUUCCGAGCCCGUCAGAUGCCCAGAGCAUGACACGACAACAACAAGCCGAAUCCACAUACCGGCAAUUGCUGGUACAAGGAGCGCUUGCGAUUCUUCUUCCCACGGAAGAUCUCGAGAACGUCUGUCUACGGACCUUGCUAUGCGAUAUAAUGGCAGAUCUUAUCCUGGGCAAUGGAGUGGCCGGGAAAAUGAGUGACGGGUGUUUCAUACUGGAGAGUAUCACAAAACUGGUAGACAAUGCCGGACGUGACAGUCGCAAGGAGGAUGCAAUCACAGCUCAGUCCCGUCAGCGUUCCCGAUUACACGAGUACGGCUUAAUUUCAUCGCGGGAGGAGCUGCUGAAAGGCUCGUCACAUCCACAGACCCCAGUACGAAUCCCGGACUGGGCGUGGCAGCUUCUGCAAUUUGGAUAUACCGUCUAUGUGGCCUUGCACUUCAUUAUAAUAGGUUUGUUUCGUGUUUCAUCGACAAAUCCGGCGCCUUCCUCUCGGACUUCCACUUCACCAAUCAGCAAAGCAAUUGAGACAAAUGGCAUGUGCACGAGCUCGAGGAAGCGACCUGUGCUCAAGUAUCGGCUCUACGGCAUGCUCGCUCAACUGCUAGAUGUACCUCGGCGGAUGCCAUGGCUUGGGGGUUGUCUCGCGCUGGUUCAACACUUGAUCCUGGCGGGUCCAGGUAGAUUAGGUGAUACCGAUAGUGUUCUCAAUAGGUGAGUUGCAUGUUUAUUUCGAGUUCUCGCACCCCUCUGCCCCUCUUUUGCCAAGCACUUCCAUUGUCUCGCGACGCCGACAAAAUUGAAUUGGUGGUUGUUCUUGACCUGUGGAGAAGCGGUGCGGUUCGAUUUCCGAACUAUGAUCUACACUGGCGUGGACAAGUCGUGCAGCACUGUUGGUGGUCAUUACUUGGAGAUUAGGA